AUGUUGACGAGAACCCCGGCGGAUAAUAUUGACAGAGACAAGGACCCGGCGGAUAAUAUUGACAGUAACGAGGACCCGGCGGAUAAUAUUGACAGCAGUGACGAGGAACCGGCGGAUAUGACGAGGACCCCGGCGGAUAAUAUUGACAGUGACGACGACCCGGCGGAUAAUAUUGACAGUGACGAGGACCCGGCGGAUAAUAUUGACAGCAGUGACGAGGACCUGGCGGAUAAUAUUGGCAGCAGUGACGAGGACCCGGCGGAUAAUAUUGACAGCAGCGACGAGGACCCGGCGGAUAAUAUUGACAGCAGUGACGAGGACCCGGCGGAUAAUAUUGACAGCUAUAAACUUAUAGCGAAAGUGGUUGUUCUGACAACGUGUCACAUGACUGAUGUUCUCUGUGAACGAUUCGUUAGUGUCACGGACAAACACUCGUCAGACAGGGUCAAGCCCAUUGUAGGGUCACAAGUCAGACAGGGUCAAGCUCAUAGUAGGGUCAAAAGUCAGACGAAUCAGGCAAGGUCAAACCUACAGUAG